UGGGCUGCGGGCUGUGGAAACAAAAUAGACACCGCAGUUAGCUCUGCUUUCUGUUUUCUGUAGUAACCUGUCUGUGGGGCGGAAUAUGGCGUCUCUCUUGCGACUAUAGUUGCCAUGCCUUUGCAAGAAGUUUCUACGAUUCUUUCGGCCUUGGAGAGCAGAAUCACAUGUUGACCACCCAGACCCCUGUCCGGAGAGAGGCGGAGACCCCUAGAGAGAGGGUGCUGAGGAGAUGGGGGCUUCUAAGACAAGCCGUCCAAAACGUAGAGGACAAGGUGAAGCUCAGAGAUGACCAGCCCUGUGUUCUGACACAUGGGUUGCAGCAUCUGCGCUAUGUGCCCUGCAGCGUCCCAGUCAUUCACAUGGGUGGUGGAAGGGAGGCAGAAGGUUUUGUCAGCCUCGACAAGGGGGGCUCUGUGUGGCUUUAUCACCCUGAUGGGCAGCUGAGGGCAACACUUCAGAUGUCAAAUUCCUUUGUGGGCAUCACUGGCACAGGGCUACCUGACUGUUAUGCUGCCUGGGGGCCUCAGGCCAGUUUAGCUCUGUUGGACAGAGACCUGCGGCCCCUGGUUGUCGCUGACUCCCCACCAGACAUCUGCACUUGUCAGUCUGCAGAGGGAGUCCUGGAGCUGGUGACAGCAGGAGCAGGGAAUGUGAGCGUGUGGUGUGUGCGACACCUGGUGUGCCGAGCACAAAUCACAGAGGGGUUUGGAGAGCAAGAUAUUUUUACUCAGCUGGCCUUGACCCCCUAUAACUCCAGCAAGACCCAUGGCUGCCCUCACAGGGCAUUUGCUGUGAGUCGGACGGCCGUUGCUGUGAUUGACCUUUGCGAGGGCCGGCUGCUGGAAUACAGGAGUGACCUACAUCUCAGGAACAUCACAGGGGUGGCAUACUGCCUCCCACUGGAUGGUCUGGCUACUGCCUCAUGGGAUGGUGUCAUCAGGGUGUGGGGGCCUGACUGGGGGCUCCAGAUAGUUUUUGUUGGUCAUACUGGUGCAGUCACGGCCUUGGCUUGCUGCUCUCAGUCUAGCCAGCUGCUGUCCUCUUCUCUGGAUGGGACUCUGCGCUGCUGGAGUCUAGAACAAGGGGAUGAGGUGCAGACAAUAUGGGCUGAAGGAGGUGUGCCAGUGGGGUUAGGUGGUCUGAGAGGUGGGGGCUCCACUUUCAUUUCCUACUCAGAACAAGGAGUAAACUUUUGGAGAUUAACCAGCCUGUACAGACUACACUGUCAGCUAUGUGGUGAGGGGGGUGGCCGUGUCCAGAAGAUUGUGGCCCCCUCUUGCCCCCCGUCAUAUCCCACCCGUGCAUUGUGCUUGGUUGGGGAUAGAAGGUUUAUUCUGGUAGCAGGAGAAACAGGGGAAGUCCUUACCACUUUCUGCCUGAGGAAGGGCCAGAGGGCCAUAGGGGCAGAGUACUGUCUCCCUCUGGAGACACUAAUGGUCCUGACAGAAGAGGGGACAGUGAUCAGGGUCAGCAUGUUGACCAGUCCAGCCUGCUGCCUGGGAGUGUGGCAGUGUAAAACAGAAGAACCAUGGCCAGGGGGUAAAGAGGAGGCUGUAGAAGCUAAGGCCCCCACCUGCCCUGGCCCUGCCCGCUGUCUGCUGGUGUACAGCCAUAUUACAGACCCCGAACGUGCACUCAUGCACUGGAGGAGCCUACAGGAGAACCGGGGGGAGAAGCCAAAGAGGAAGAGGGAGGGAACACAGCGGGAUGACAAAAACAGAUUCCUUGUUGUGCUGGGCCAGGAGAGGGGAUUUGUGACAGUGCUGAGCUGGAUGACGGGGAAAGUUCAGUACAGGACUCCAGCUCACAAUGGCCACACUGUCACUGUGUUGCAGGCCAGUCCAGCCACCAGCCAACUCAUCUCUAUAGGGGAGGAUAGGUGUGUGUUGGUGUGGCGUGUGUUCCCCUAUGCCCAGGAGUGUCUCAAUCUACACAUUAGCCUGUUCUGUGGGCAGCCACCACUGCACUGCACCACACUAGGACCCCUCCUAGCUCUGGCAUUCCAGGAACCUGACAGCGCCACCUACAGCUUGACACAGUUCAACUUGUUGACCCAGCAGCGCACUGACCACCCACCCAGCCAGGACCCAGUGGACAGCAUCACAGGGCUAUGUGCCUGCCCCAGGUUGAAGGUCUUUGCCUCCAGCAGUAAAGAUGGGACCAUCCAGAUAUGGGAUGAUGAGAACCAACUGCUCAGGACCCUCUGUCUCAGUGCUGAACCGGAAAGCCUGGCAUUCUGUGGUGAACGUGGUGAUCUGUUAUUGGGUAUCCAGGGGAAUCUUUUUAGAAUUGAUUGUGCUUCGCUCCUACCAAGACAGUAUAAACUUCAGUUGCUGUGCGACGAUCUCCCUGAGCCCAUCCUAGACCCUCCCAUUCCCCCAGCUUUAGCAGAGAGUGACACCACCUCUGAUGCAGACAGAACUGCUAUACACAGGUUAGUCAGCCAAACCUUGGAAGAUGGUAAAGAGGGGAAACUCCAUAGCAGUGAACUACAAAACAAGGAAGAGGACUAUUUGGCCUUAGUCGCACGGGACAGAGACCUGGCUUUGCUGCAGCAGGGGGCUAUAGAGAGCAAGCGGAGGCCGCAGCGCAGCCGGGAAACACAGAAAGAGGCAUUUGCUCAUUAUCUGCAGCUUCUCUACAGAGAUCCACCUAGAGUGAAGGUCCCAGAGGAUGAACUGUUUGAUCUACAGGCCCAGAUGUGCCCCAAGGCUAUUACUGCCUUACUUCCCAUACCCGAUACGCAGAGAGGGGGCUUUUUCCCUGAUCCUGCCCUUGCUAAGCCCUGGGUUCACAGGUCACUGACAUCAGAGCAGGUUCAGUGGUCUAGUCCUACCCCAAGGGGUUUGUGGGGAUCCAUCCCAAACUCUGUGCUGGUGGGGCAGCUAUGGCCUCCAGAACAACUGGACAACAGUCAGAAGGAGAAGACCUGGAGGGGUCCCACUUUGAGGGACAGUUUAACUCAGUGCAUUGAAGAAGAUGAUGAUGAGGCGAGGACUCUAUGCUAUGAUGAUGAUGAUGAUGAUGAUGAUGAAGAUAAAGAUGAACUGGAUAUCGCAGCCCUAUUGGACAAGGUUACCAUCAAUCCUCCAAAAGAGAAGACACCACCCCCUCCUGUCGAGGAUAAGGGCAUCAGUACAGAGCCUGCCCCUCGUCCACCCCCUGUGCUGAAGCCUCUGAGACCAAUGAAACCUCCACCCCCGAUUCCCACCCCCACUCCGCCACAACCCCCACCCCGCCAGCCCUCCGUCACUCUCCCAUCUUACCUUCUACAGUUCCUGGACCAGCACUGGUUUCAGACACUCUUUCCAGACCCCCAGCAGCUCUUCAGUCCAUCCCACAGCGCUGGGGAAUUUGUGCGACAGCUCCUGCACUGCUUGAAGCGUAGUGACUUUGCACUGAAAAUUGGAAUUCUGAGAGCCAUUCUCACACUACAUCAGCAGGGGGCACUGCAGGACAGCAAGGAGAUCAGCGUUGCUCUGCUGGACACAGUGCGCCAGGACAGCAACAUACUGAUGACCCCUAAUGAGAGAGAGUUCUUGAGUGAGGCCCUGUGUGCGUUGGUCUCUCUGUGCCCCAGUAGCACAGAGCUUGCAGUGGAGCUGAUCACACAUGUGGCUCAGGGAGAACCAGGGAUCAGGCGAACACUGCUCCCCCUGCUGGAGCGUCUAGGCCUGGAGGACCAAGAGGGCUCUCUGAUCACAGAGCUGGACUCUUGGGACAUCCAACAGCAAGGAGUGCAGGUGCCCAGGGCACAGUUUCGUGAUAUUGCCAGCCAGUGGCUCCAGUCCUGGACCUGCAAGUACAAGAUGGAGCACAGACAGGUGUUCCUGACACAGGAGAGGCCAGCACUCAGUCCCAUCGACGUACUCAACUUCUUCUGCAGUGUGCAGAGAGAGAGUCUGUGCAGCUCUCUCCCUCCACCACCAGGCAGAAAAGACACAGUGCUGCUGCAGCCUCACAGACACAAAUCCCAGGCUAUCCUGCGACUGGGAGAGACUCACAGCCUGGCCAGGACUCGUACAACACAAGGCCUUGCUCUACCACCGCUUCCUAACCGAUCCAUGCUCAUGGGAUUUGUGCCCUUCAUCACACUUCCUCUGCCUCGGGUCAGCCUCUGCCCUUUCCCCUGCCCUGCGGACAAGCUCUCCCUGCAGAGUGGAGCCCGGCGCUACUUCAUCCUGGAACAAUCCUAUGUUCACAACUACAAGUGAUCCCCGGAAAGAGUCAUCUGC